UCGUCCUGAGAGGAGUGAAGGCGGCAAAAUGGCGGACCGCUUCUCCCGCUUCAACGAGGACCGAGAUUUUCAGGGUAAUCACUUUGAUCAGUAUGAAGAAGGACACUUGGAAAUUGAACAAGCGUCACUUGAUAAGCCUAUAGAAUCGGAUAAUAUUGGACACCGCUUACUCCAGAAACAUGGGUGGAAGCUGGGCCAGGGAUUGGGAAAAUCUCUUCAGGGGAGAACAGAUCCUAUCCCGAUCGUUGUCAAGUAUGAUGUCAUGGGCAUGGGUCGCAUGGAAAUGGAGCUCGAUUAUGCUGAAGAUGCUACCGAACGGCGUCGUGUCCUAGAGGUAGAAAAAGAAGAUACGGAAGAGCUGAGACAAAAGUACAAGGAUUAUGUUGACAAAGAGAAGGCAAUUGCAAAAGCCUUGGAAGACCUCAGAGCCAAUUUCUACUGUGAACUCUGUGAUAAGCAGUAUCAGAAACAUCAGGAAUUUGACAACCAUAUCAACUCCUAUGAUCAUGCACACAAGCAGGAAGGCACACAGGAUUCUUAUGAAUCUGAGAUAAUAGCUGAUGUAUUGAAAGCAAAUCCUUCUAAUUUGGGAGCCCAGAUCACAAGAAGAUUGAAAGAUCUCAAGCAGCGAGAGUUUGCUCGAAAUGUCUCCUCAAGAUCCCGCAAGGAUGAGAAGAAACAGGAAAAAGCCCUUCGGCGGCUCCACGAGUUGGCAGAGCAAAGAAAACAAGCUGAAUGUGCACCUGGAAGUGGUCCCAUGUUCAGACCAACCACUGUGGCUGUGGAUGAAGAAGGUGGAGAUGAUGAAAAGGAUGAAUCAUCUACGAACAGUGGCACAAGUGCCGCCGCCACUAGUGGCCUGGGAUCUGAAUUGUCCACAGAUAAAGGAGGCCCUUUCACCGCAGUACAAAUCACUAACACCACUGGACUGGCACAGGCUCCUGGGUUAGCUUCCCAAGGCAUCAGCUUUGGCAUUAAGAAUAAUCUGGGGACCCCAUUGCAAAAACUGGGAGUGUCGUUUUCCUUUGCCAAAAAGGCUCCUGUCAAACUCGAAUCGAUAGCAUCAGUUUUCAAGGACCAUGCAGAGGAAGGAACUUCUGAAGAUGGAACAAAAGCUGAUGACAAGGGUUCUGACCAAGGGCUGCAGAAGGUGGGAGACUCUGAUAGUAGUAGUAAUCUGGAUGGUAAAAAAGAGGACGAAGACCCUCAGGAUGGAGGGUCCCUUGCCUCAACAUUAUCUAAAUUAAAAAGAAUGAAGCGAGAAGAAGGAGCUGGGGCUACAGAGCCAGAAUAUUACCACUACAUCCCUCCUGCACACUGCAAAGUAAAACCUCAUUUCCCCUUCCUACUGUUCAUGAGAGCCAGUGAACAAAUGGAAGGGGAUAAUAGUGCACACCCAAAGAAUGCCCCAGAGAGCAAAAAAAGCAGUUCUCCCAAGCCUAAAGGCAGUUGCAAGGUGGCAGCAAGUCAAGGAGCAGAAAAGACAGUUAGUGAAGUCUCUGAGCAGCAGAAGGAAAGCAGUGUGACUGAGUCCUCAGAGCCUGGAAGCAAAACUGAGACAAAGAAGGCCUCAGGAGGGGAUGUAAGUGAGCAGAGCUUAGAGAGUCAGAAGGCUUUAGAGAUGCAAUCGUGUGAGUCCAUUACUUCUAAAGAAACCUCUCAGGCCACUCCAGCAGGAAAAGAAAGCCAGGAAGGACCCAAGCAUCCUACUGGUCCCUUCUUCUCAGUUUUAAGCAAAGAUGAAAGCACUGCCCUCCAGUGGCCAUCAGAACUAUUAACUUUUACCAAGGCAGAACCCUCCAUUUCAUACAGUUGUAACCCUUUGUAUUUUGACUUUAAACUUUCAAGGAACAAAGAUGCCAGAGCUAAAGGGACAGAAAAACCAAAGGAUAUAGGAGGCCCCUCAAAGGACCGUCUCCAAGACCUUGAUCCUGAAGAGCCAAAUAAAAGCAAAGAGGAGGGAGAGAAUGUAGUACAUUCCUCAGGAGGUAGAGUUGAUGCACCUGCUUCAGGAUCUGCCUGCAGCAGCCUGAACAAGCAGGAUCCUGGGGGCAGCCAUGGGUCAGAGACAGAAGACACAGGGAGAAGCCUUCCCAGCAAGAAAGAACGAUCUGGGAAGUCUCACCGACACAAAAAGAAAAAGCACAAAAAAUCUAGCAAACACAAGCGGAAACACAAGGUUGACCCAGAAGAGAAAAGCUCUAAAGCCGAGUCUGGGGAGAAGUCUAAGAAGCGGAAGAAACGAAAACGAAAGAAGAAUAAGUCAUCAGUUCCAGCAGAUUCUGAAUGGGGCCCCAAACCAGAACCCCCUGGGAGUGGCAGCCCUGCACCACCAAGAAGACAGCGUCAAGCUCAAGGUGAUUCCCAGCGGAGAUCCCUUCCAGCUGAAGAGGGGAGCAGUGGCAAGAAGGAUGAAAGUGGGGGCGGUAGCAGCUCCCAAGAUCACGGUGGGAGGAAACACAAAGGUGAACCUCCAGCUUCAUCCUGCCAGCGAAGAGCUGGCACCAAACGGAGCAGCCGAUCCAGCCAUAGGAGUCGACCCAGUAGCGGAGAUGAGGAUAGUGAUGAUGCCUCAUCACGCAGGCAGCACCAGAAGUCUCCAUCCCAGUACAGUGAGGAGGAAGAGGAAGAAUCAGGCAGUGAGCAUUCUCGUAGCCGAUCACGGUCUGGCCGGCGCCAUUCCUCGCACCGCUCUUCCAGGCGUUCUUACUCAAGUAGCUCAGAUGCUUCUUCUGAACAGAGCUGCUAUAGUAGACAGCGCAGUUACUCUGAUGACAGCUACAGUGACUAUAGUGAUAGAUCACGAAGGCACUCCAAGCGCUCCCACGACUCUGAUGACUCAGACUAUGCCAGCUCCAAGCGCCGGUCCAAACGGCACAAAUACUCAUCUUCUGAUGAUGACUCUAGCCUCAGUUGCAGCCAGUCCCUCAGCCGGUCUCGGAGCCAUUCUAGGGAGCGCUCAAGAUCCCGGGGCCGCAGCCACAGCAGCAGUUGUAGUCGAAGCCGGAGCAAGCGGAGAAGUCGCAGCACCACAGCCCACAGCUGGCAGCGGAGCCGCAGCUAUAGCCGGGACCGCAGCCGCAGUACCAGGAGCCCUUCCCAGAGAUCAGGCUCCAGGAAGGGCUCCUGGGGUCAUGAGAGCCCUGAGGAGAGGCGUUCUGGUCGUCGGGACUUCAUUCGCUCUAAGAUCUACCGCUCCCAGUCCCCCCACUAUUUCCGUUCCAGCCGAGGAGAAGGUCCUGGGAAGAAAGAAGAUAGCAGAGGAGAUGAUGGUAAGGGAACAGGUCCAUCCUCUCAGAACAGCAGCGCUAGUGCAGGAAGGGGAUCAGAUGGUGACUGCAGCCCUGAAGACAAGAACUCUGUCACUGCCAAGCUGCUGCUAGAGAAGAUCCAGUCAAGGAAAGUGGAGAGGAAACACAGUGUGAGUGAGGAGGUGCUGGCCACCCCUAAUAAAGCUGGACUCAAGCUCAAGGACCCCCCACAAGGUUACUUUGGGCCCAAGCUCCCUCCCUCUCUUGGCAGUAAGCCUGUACUUCCACUGAUAGGGAAGCUUCCAGCUACCCGGAAGCCCAACACCAAGAAAUGUGAAGAGUCUGGCUUGGAAAGGGGGGAUGAACAAGAACAGUCAGAGACAGAAGAGGGGCCCCCAGGGAGUAGUGAUGCCCCAUUUGGGCAUCAGUUCCCCUCAGAGCAAACAGCUGGCCCCUUAUCAGACCUACCCCCAGAGGAGCCAAAGUCUGAAGAAGCUACUGCUGAUCACACUGUGGCUCCAUUGGGCACUCCAGCACACUCUGACUGCUACCCCGGGGACCCAGCCAUCUCCCAUAACUACCUCCCUGACCCCAGUGAUGGGGACACCCUAGAGUCCCUGGAUAGCAGCAGUCAGCCAGGCCCUGUGGAAUCCAGCUUGCUUCCUAUAGCACCAGACCUUGAGCACUUCCCCAGUUAUGCACCUCCCAGUGGGGAGCCUAGCAUUGAGUCAACAGAUGGGGCUGAGGAUGCCUCAUUAGCCCCCCUGGAGAGUCAACCCAUCACCUUUACCCCUGAGGAGAUGGAGAAGUACAGCAAGCUCCAGCAGGCGGCCCAGCAACACAUACAGCAGCAGCUUCUGGCCAAGCAAGUAAAGGCCUUCCCAGCCUCAGCUGCCCUGGCCCCAGCCACUCCAGCCCUGCAGCCUAUCCACAUUCAGCAGCCAGCCACAGCCUCUGCCACCUCCAUCACAACUGUUCAGCAUGCCAUCCUGCAACAUCAUGCUGCAGCAGCUGCUGCUGCCAUUGGUAUUCACCCACACCCUCAUCCCCAGCCACUUGCCCAAGUGCAUCACAUUCCCCAGCCCCACUUGACUCCCAUUUCCUUGUCCCACCUCACUCACUCAAUCAUCCCUGGUCACCCUGCCACCUUCCUUGCUAGCCAUCCUAUCCACAUCAUUCCUGCCUCAGCCAUCCAUCCUGGGCCCUUCACCUUCCACCCCGUCCCACAUGCUGCCCUCUACCCUACUCUACUUGCCCCACGGCCUGCCGCAGCAGCUGCCACUGCCCUCCACCUUCACCCACUGCUUCACCCCAUCUUCUCAGGUCAGGACCUGCAGCACCCUCCCAGCCAUGGCACAUGAGUUGGGGAUGGGAGCCCAGGUAGGACCAGGGAAGGUGACCAUGAAUCUUUCCUUGGGGGUGUUGAGCCAUUAAUACCAGCAAGUAGAAGCUGGAGUGGGCAGUGUCUUUUAAAAGCCAAAGAAUCGACUUUUGGCUUACAGGGGUGGUUUUAGAUUUGAGAUUUACUUUGGGUUUACUAUCAGGGAUUUUUUUCCUUUCCCCCUUUCUGUUUUUCUCUUCCUCUCCUGUGUUUCUAAGCUAGGGAACACCAGUAAGUGCUACCCACCCCUUUACAGCAACAUCUCUAAACUGUCAGGUUCAGAUGCUCCCCUCCUCCCUCUACUUUUUAUCCUCUGCUCUUCCUUUGAUAAAUUUUAAAACAUUUCCUCCCUUCUGGCUGGCGGGUUAUCACCAAGCACUUGCCAUGGGCCAUCUCGUCCUGUUUUCUUAGUGCCACGGGGAAGGCCAUGCUGUCCCUCAGGUGGUAAAACUACCACCACUUUGGGCCAGUAUCUUUGGCGAUCCCUCGGUGACCUUAUGUUAUCCCCGGUGAGGUAGAAAGGGAGUCUGACUUGGAACCAGCGAAUCAGAUGCUGCUCUGGCUGUAAUUUGAUCCACGUCUCCCACAGAGCCACACGUUUGGCACGGUUGUCCUCUUGUCCCUCUUUCCAGAAGAGGCUUCUGCAUAUCCCAGAAAAGAAGAUCCUAUCAUGAAUAGAAGCUAUGUGGAACAUGGAGUCACCCAUGUGCUUCCCCAGAGAGGAGCUCAUGUGUCUGAAGGGUAUUUUUUUCUUCUGUCAUGUUGAUGUUUCCUUCUUAAUUUAUAGGAUUUUUUUUUUUUUUAAUGUAAAAAAUUGCACUGAACUCUAUAAACGUAAAUGCUGCUUUUUGUAGCUCAUAUAAAAAGAUUCCAUAUUUGUAGUAUACUGCAAUAAUAUUUUUUACAUGCAGCUCUUUAAGUGAUCCUUGUUCUGGUGGCUUUAUGUAAAUAUGUUUGCCCUAGUUGAAUUAAGAAACUUUAAACGUUAUAAAAUGAGAACAAAAAAUAAAGCAUUUGUUUUCUGCUAGAUGCAAAAAUGACUAAGCAUGUAUAUUUUAUCAAGCUCAUGUAUUUUUUUGAAGUUAUGAACUAUAAAAAUGUUAAAACAAAAAAAGAAACAUUGUUAACAUUUUUUGCUGAGACAAAAUGUUAAGUAAGUUGCAGUAAGUGGUGCUCCCAGCACUGGGAUUUUUGAGCUAAUGGGCAACAGUCAGCUGGGGGUGUCAGAGGGAUGCUUAGUUCUGACCUUCUCUCUCAUAUGCUUUGUUAAUUCAGAGAAACGGGUGGGCCCCACAGAGGAGGAGGAGGAGGAGGAGAUCCAAGAGCUUUCUUGAAGCAGUGAGAUAUUCAGAGUGAUUGGUGGGGGAGGGGGUCCCUUGGGUUUUCUGGACCCCUUGUUCCAGGCAGUCCAUUUGCCUUCUUAGUACUUAGACCCCUCUGACAAUUUUUUUUUUUUUUAAUGUGCCUUUUGGGUUGGCUAGAAACUGAAGUAGAAGUAGACAAAGGAUGAUAGAGUUGGGACUGUUUUCUUCCUCCUUUUGCUGGGAGGUGAGCACAUUUAUAGACCCUUCAAAUUUUUUUGCUUCAUAGUUUCCAUGCCUUCUGCCCAGCUUAGUUUAAGCAGUAAAGUUUCCUUUUUUUCUCCCGUGACAUUGACCAGAGGAAUUAACCACCUCAGUCCCCCCUCCCGGCUCUGUGGUCUUUCACUCAGGCUAUCAGCCUCAAUUAACACACUGACCCAAAGGUACUUGCAUUGCAGGUCCUAUUCCUUUGGUGUAGUUAGUUCCUUCUUUGGCAUUUCCCUACCCAUUCCUGUGGCUAGAAUUGGUUGGGUGGUCACCUGACAGGAAAAACAAACCCUACUUACCUGGGCCAAGGCUCUACGUUCCUGGCUUUCUUCUCGAAUUCCCAAAAGAAGUAGUGUUUUGAGUUCGAGAAGCAAGUGCUGGGCAAAAGAGGUUCUUGACUGCUCCCUACCUGUUCAGUGCUCUUCAUCUGAUUCAAUAGCAUUGUUUUUUGGAUGACUAGCAUUGGAAAAGAAAUAAUCUGUUUCAAGUGAAGGGACUUAUUUUUCUUUGUUUUCAGCCCAUGUAAAUAUUCAAAUAAUACAGUAUUAACAUUUCCAUGCUGCUUCCCAUUAGCUUGUAGAUUGAGCCAUAUUCUGGCCUCCUCUCUGCCUUCCUGGGGGCAGUUUUCUUUAACUUCCAGAAUAGUGAUUUUAAAACUUAAAGAAGGAAAAACAAAAAUGACCUUACCUACAAGCAUAACAGGCUGUAUUUAACAUUAUCACAUAUGAUAGAGAUACAUAUGCUGUAAAAUGAGGGAAAGAACUUUCUAAUAAACCAAUGAUUUGUGGAAACUUAGCAGAGUCUGUUGUGAUCGUUCCCUGUCCACUCAAGUCGGGAAAAGAUGGAGUUGUGGAUUACAAAUAACAUCUUGUUUAAAGUGAGCAAGCAGUAGAUUCUUGUGAACCAGUUGUUUGUGGUAUUUGGAAUUGUGCUUCUCAAAGCUCAGACUGCCCAUGUUGAAGGAAAAAGAUGGCUGUAGGUAGAAGUAAUAGGAGUUUAAAGUUUCUCUCAACCUUAGGUAAAUGUCUUUCCACUCUUUACCACUCUCUCUUUCCCCACAAGAACUUCUAUUUCUUUCCUUUUUCUCAUCUUAAAUAUGUAAUCUUUGUAUGACAUGUAGAUGCUCAUUAAAUGGAUUUGGAAUUUCUGGCGUUGAUUUUUAGGAUUUUGGAUGAACUUAAGGCCAGUGGGAUUACAGGUGUCAUCUACCUAGUCUUUGCCCUCUAGGUGGAGUUCUGUAUACCAGGCUUGGCUUCCUCUCCUCAACCCUUUAAUGUCACUGCAAUGCUUGAGAGCCUCUGCCUAGCAUAAGGAAAUAUGUCCUAAUUGUUAACUGAGCAGAUAAAAGCCCCUACUCUUCUGUAUCAAAAAUCACAAAAGAAGCAGAGAAAUUUAGCGUGGAAUAAAUUACUUUCCCCUCUCCUCAACCUUUCAGGAGGGAGGAAUGUAGUGUCCGUUUCUUUCCUACUGUCUUUGUUAUAGCCAUGCUCUAUCCAUCAAGGAGAAGCUUUUAAACCUUGGGUUGGGUGCUCUAAUCUAUCUCCUAAAAUGACAAAGAUCCCUGCCCAGAAGGAAAGGAUGUUAGAAAAUAUGAAAAGUGAGUUUUUGAGAGCAGUCAAGCUGCCUUGUUUUGAUAAGGGUUCUGCUUGCCUCCCAGCCACCUGAGCUUGAAUCGUGGAAGUACUCCCUCUUCUGUACCCCCUAUGACUAGCUCAGGCCUAGUCAGCUACUUCCAUUCUUAUUUGCCAGGGAUACUCUUACCAGCUCAUGCCUGAAUUAUUGCAGAUCUUCCUGGCUGGCCUCCCUGACUCUAGGAUCUAAUACGUGCCCCAUGUAAGUUUACUGGCUUAUCAGAAUCUGAGUUCAAUUAAUUUUGUAUUCACUGUUUCUGGUAAAAUUGUAAGCUCUGAGAGGACAGGAACUGAUUCUUAUACUUCCUUUUUCUUACCCCUUAGGAAGUCUGCAUAGAGUUGAGCACAUGUAAACGUUUUGACUAUGUUCAAGGAAGAUAGGAGUAAAGUAAAAUACCAUGAACCAUGGAUUAUGCACCAGGAUUCAGUAAGGGAACAUUUGAAGAUGAUAAAAGAUUUUUCUCUAUCUUCGGUAUCACCUAUCUCAGAUCCAGGCACAUAGUAGAAGCUCAGUAAUUGUUGACUAAGAUAAAGCCUUAACAGAACUUGAAUUCAGUGAGGGAUUCUAGGACUCAGGCUGAUGAGAUGAGAAAGUGGAGCAGUGCGUCAGCACUCCUCUGCCAGCUAUCAGAAGGGACAUCAACCCAGCUCUGACACCAUAGAAAUACCCAUAAGAACUAAACAGCUCUCCCUUCCCAAAUCCGAUCCACUGCCUGUAUUUCCAAUUCCUAGUUAAUGAUACCACUGUCCAGCCAGACACCAAAGCUUGUAGUUACCUUGAAUACCUCCCUACACAUCCAGUUACUGAUUCUGUGAUCACUUUUGCUCCUGCCAUCAGUACCCAGGCUCAGACCUCAUCACCUUUAAGCCAGAGGAUAGCAGUCACUAUACGUCUGGACUUCCCAUUUUCGUUUCUUUCCACAGGCAGCCAGUAUAAUCUUCCAGAUUAGAGCACAAUUGAUCAGUGUAUCUCAUCCCCGGCUUUAAAAAUAUUUAUGAUUUUCCAUCUCAUUUGCAUUAAAGUUCAUAUUCCUUAAUAUGGUAUUCAAGAACCUCCAGUGAUUUGACCCCAGCCUUCCAUCCUACCCUCAUUUCCCAGUCCACCCCUUUGAGCACCCGAUGCUGAGUUAACUAUUACUUCUUUUCCCUUUUCCCUAUAAUUGGCCUGUAUGUUGUUCUGCCGUUCUCUUUGCUUAUGUCAUCCUCUAUGCCUAGAAACUCUGUCAUUGUCUGACAAAAGGCAACACAGCGUAAUGGUUAAGAACAUGGACUCAAGUAGAAACUUGUAAUUGAAUCCUAGUUUUUGUCACGCGUUGGCUGUGUAACUUGGGCAAUUUACCUAAAACCGCAGUUUAUGUGUGUUCAUAUCUUAACUCCCUCUGGACUAAGUUUUUUAAGGAUCUUUGAUAAUUAUCUUUGUAUCGCUCAGUGCCUUGAACAGAAUAAGUAAUUACUGAAAAUUUUAGUGGACUAUGAGUUAAUAAGGAGCUGUGGUGACACAAUGGUUAAGCACCCUACUGCUAACCAAAAUGUUGGCGAUUCGAACGCACCAGCCACUCUGCAGGAGAAAAGACCUGGCAGUCUGCUCCCGUAAAGAUUACAGCCUGUGAGGCAGUUCUGCCAUGUCUUAUAGGGUCGCUAUGAGUCAAAAUUGACUGGAUGGCACGCAACAGCAACAUGAGUUAGUAGCCACUCAGUUGACGACAGUGGGAAGGUGAGUAGAGGACUGAGUUAAGUGUUCAUUCUAACAAUUUCAUUCAUUGCAUGCCUACCAUGAGCUUGGCACUGGGAAUUCAACAGUGAAGCAAGCCCAGACUAAAGUUCAAAGAGCGUUUAACCUAGCGAGGGAUAGGAUUUUGAGCUAUGUGCUAACAUGGUGAAGUAUGAGGGGAACAGAGGAGCUGAAAGGAUUCCAGAAUGACACAGAGUGGUUGGGCAGGAUAAAGGGGAUGGUUGAAUUUGAUCAGAAGGAAAAUAUGGAUUAAAAGGAGAAUGUGGCUAUGUUCCUUUACAUCUAGAAGACUUCUUGAAUCUCCUUCACAAGAACUGCUUUUUUGGGAAGGCACCAGUGCCAAUUAGACUUGGCACUCCUGUCUUCUUCCCCUUAUCCACAGAAGAUGACUUUGCCUUUCUGUUUAAAACUCUUCUCUUUCUACUCUGUGACCCUGUGUUUGCAUCUUUAUCUUUAGUGCAUACUUUUGUUCAGUCUUUUUGUCUUUCAGCCAUACCAACUACAUGUUAGGCCCUGGGGCUGCAGAAAGGAUUCAUGCUCUCAAUUCACAGACACAAUCCAGUAAACAGACCAUGACUAAACCGUGUGGUCAUUGUUAGCCCCAGCUGCCAGCCUGAGGAGUUGGAGGAAGCUUCUGCUAGGCAAUGACCCCAGCAGAGUCAAGUCUUAAUGGUUAGACAAGAACUUCGUCACCCAAGAAGAAGCGAGAGCCUGCCUUCAACUGAAUAGCUAGUGCAUAACCUCAGAGCCUGUGAACCAGAAUACCCUGGAGUAAUUUCAUUCUCUCCAUUUCCUUGUCCCUUCGGCCAAGGUCCAUUCACCGUACCCCUCCCAGCACUGGCUGCGCUGCCAUGGCAAGACCGAGAUCUGGCCCAAGAUGGAGUGAGGAAGCUGCUGCCCCAAUAUGGCAGACUGAGGCUGUCCAAAGCCCUAGAAGGAGGAAGUGGUUAAGUACCUUAUCCAAAAGGAUACAGCAGCCUGAGGCCUUAACAGGAGGCAGCAGCUUCCUUACUUCUUCCCCCACUUCCGGCUAAGUCACAAUGUGCCGCAGCAGUGCAGCCAGCUUUUAGGGGGCAGGGCGAGGUCGGGCAGGAAGGUUGUAGAACUCUGGGCUACAGUGGAGGUAUACAGACCAGUUAGUUCAUGAGUGUACUGUCCCAAACAGGAAGUAA